AUGUCUACACUCCCUAUAUCUAUGGCGAUGCCCCUGAGGGACCGACGUCUCACGACGCAUGCAGACUCAGAACAGCAUCAUCAGUUUGAGGCGAUAGUUCGAGACAUUGUGAUUGGCUUUGCCGAUGGAAUGACUGUCCCCUUUGCCCUGACAGCUGGCCUAUCCAGCUUGGGCUCCUCGAAAUUGGUCAUCAUUGGAGGUCUAGCAGAACUAUUCAGUGGGUCGAUAUCAAUGGGCUUGGGUGCGUAUCUUGCUGCCAUCACUGAUAGGGAUCGUUACAAAAGCGAAGAGGCGAGAGAGCGUGAAGAGAUUUCCUCACAGCCAACCGCCGAACAAGAGGAGAUUCACGCAAUACUCUUUCAGUACGGUAUCUCCAGAGAAGCAAGUCAAGCCGUCGCUGACUGUUUGGCUGAUAACAACGAACACUGGAUUCGGUUCAUGAUGGAUUUUGAACUGAGACUUGAGAAACCAAGUCGUUCUCGAGCAUGGAUCUCAGCAGCAACGAUGGGAUUCGCCUACUUUAUCGGAGGUCUGCUUCCCAUGAUUCCAUAUUUCGCUAUACAUAACGUACUCCACGCGCUCUUUGUCUCAAUAGGAAUCACAGUGGUCACCCUAUUCAGCUUCGGCUUUAUCAAAAAUUUCGUCGUCAUCAAGACUAAACGUGCCGGACUCUACGGAGCAGCCCAGACCUUAAUUGUUGGCACUAUUGCUGCCGCUACUAGUUACGGGAUCGUUUAUGGAAUUGACCACAGCAACAUACACACCUAG